GGCGCUCUGGCCCUGGGGAAAUUUGGCCGGCCAAGGCCGGUGGACGCUGGCCCCGGAGGAAGGGACGGUGGGGAGGACCAGGAAGAGGAGGAGGAAGAAGAAGACGGCGUCGGAGGGGUCCACGGACCUGGACAGGACCUCUCCCCACUCCCAUGGAGCCCCCCACCCUGUAGGAUGACCUUCCCGGCCCUGCUGAAUGUCAGCUUCGACGGGAACCGCCCGGACGAGGGAGGCGGCAGGGACCGGUCAGUGUCGGGGCCCGGGCCGGGGCCCGGACCGGGGCAAGGGCCGGGGGUCGUCGACGGCGCCCCGGCCGGGUGUCCGGCCAACGGCACGGCCGCCCCCUCGGAGCUCACGGCCCAGGCGGUGGGCGUCGGGCUCUUCCUGGCCUGCUUCAUCUUGUUCGCCGUGGCCGGGAACGUCCUGGUCAUCCUGUCGGUGGCCUGCAACCGCCACCUGCACACGGUCACCAACUACUUCAUCGUCAACCUGGCGGUGGCCGACCUACUGCUGAGCGCCGCCGUGCUGCCCUUCUCGGCCACCCUGGAGGUGCUGGGCUUCUGGGCCUUUGGCCGCGCCUUCUGCACCGUCUGGGCCGCGGUGGACGUCCUGUGCUGCACCGCCUCCAUCCUCAGCCUGUGUGUCAUCUCGGUGGACCGCUACAUCGGGGUCAAGCACUCCCUCAGGUACCCGGCCAUCAUGACGGAGCGGAAGGCCGCGCUCAUCCUCACCCUGCUCUGGGCCGCCUCCGUGGUCAUCUCGGUCGGGCCGCUGCUGGGCUGGAAGGAGCCCCAGCCGUCCAGCGACACGGUCUGCACCAUCACGGAGGAGGCCGGCUACGCCGUCUUCUCGUCCAUCUGCUCCUUCUACCUGCCCAUGGCCGUCAUCCUGGCCAUGUACUUCCGCGUCUACGUGGUGGCCCGCCGGACCACACGCAGCCUGGAGGCCGGCGUCAAGAAGGAGCGCGGGAAGUCGGCCGGGGUGGUGGUCCUGAGGAUCCACUGCCGCAGCGCGCUCGACGCCCCCCACGCCGGACCCGGGCCCGGAGUCGGGACCGGACCCACGACCGGACCCGGGACGGGAUCCAAGGGGCCCAAGGGCCCCACCUUCCGCAGCUCCCUGUCCAUCCGCAUGCUUAAGUUCUCCCGCGAGAAGAAGGCCGCCAAGACGCUGGCCAUCGUGGUGGGCGUCUUCGUCCUCUGCUGGUUCCCCUUCUUCUUCAUCCUGCCCCUCGGAUCCCUGUUCCCGGCUCUGAAGCCGUCGGAGCUGCUCUUCAAGGUCAUCUUCUGGCUCGGCUACUUCAACAGCUGCGUCAACCCCAUCAUCUACCCCUGCUCCAGCAAGGAGUUCAAGCGUGCUUUCAUCCGCCUGCUCCGGUGCCAAUGUGGCCAUCGCCACCGCCACCGGCCCAUCUGGAGGGUCUACGAUGGCCACUGGGGCACGCAGGUGGGCAGCUCCCGGUGGGAGUCUGGCUUGGACCCACGGCCCCAUGGGGGUGACCCCAACCCCACCCCCGCCCUCCUUCCCACCCCUGGCCUCACUCCCGCCCCAACCGGGCCGGACCCAGGGGCUGGCGGCGGGAGGAGGAGGCCUCGGCCGUUCCGGGAAUGGAAGAUCUUCAGCUCCUUCCGAAGGCCGUCCAGUCAGCUGAGAGAGAAGGUGACCAGCCUGUCCCACAAGAUCCGCAGCGGCUCCCAGAAGGGGGCCGCCGCCUUCAAGACUGAGGUGGAGUCUGUGUCCAUUGGGAUCCCCCAGGACCCGGGUGAGGUGGCCGACUUCCAGCCUUACAACCCAGCUGACCGCUGCGGCCUCCGGGAGACUGAUAUAUGAACCCACCCCCGGCCUGACCAGGAUAACUUAGGUCAGGCCUGAGGAGGGGGCUCGUUGAUGGUGAGAUGUCAAUGGUCCCAGCCCAAGGAGAUGUCAAACAGCUGGACCAGGGAAGGCUCUCAGUCCUGGUGGGAGUGGGGGAGCCAGGUCCAGGGACCAGGGCCCUAGGGAGAUGUCCUCUGCCACCUCCAGAGGUGGGAGUCACCAAAAAGGACCCCAGAAAGGGACCCACUCAAGCCGAGUCGGACUAGGGUGGGGCUGGGCAGACAUGCUCUCAGUGAGAACCGGCCCCUUCCUUCCGAAGCCCAGGGUGAUGACUCUGCCAAUGCCCCUCGCCCCAGACCAGGACCCCCCACUCUGAACUGGGACCCACGCCCCGACCACCCCAGACUGGGCCCCAUGUAUUCCGACCUGGGCCAGGGCCAGAUCUGUUCCCAGAGCCAGCCCACACCACCACUCCAUCUCUGAGUGUGCUACCCUCCCUCCGAGGCCAAAGUGUGGGCCUGAGGCCCCACUGGGCAUCCACCCUCAUCAGUGUUUCUUCCACCCUCCCCAUCCCAAACCUGCCGCCUUCCUUCCCCACCCCCACCCCCAGCUCAGGGGUGAGUCCAGCGUCCCUCACGGCGGCCACUCCAGGCUCCACCAACACGGACACUCUUCCUCUGGUUACUCUCCAACAUCUGGGCGCCACUUCUGUUCCUGCUGGCUGAACAGAACUCCAGCCACCUCCCACUCUUGAAUAUCUAUCUGCCCCUCAGUAUUCUCCGCACACCUUCUCCUCUCCAAGAGUGCAGGUGGCCAAGAGCCAAUUGGCAGACCAGUCAGUCAGUCUAUCUUAUGCAUUUGCUAAGCAAGGGUGAGAAACACUGGAUAAGACAGGUGAUUCCUGGGAUGGGGGUGAUGGUGAGAAUAUCAUGGAAAACCCAGCCACUCUGAUCCCAGUUAAUCCCCAGAGAAGAGGGGCAAAGUGGAGUCUCAGAGGAGUUUAAAAGUCCCAAGGAAUUCUGGGCCAUGUAGUCUUCUCCUCCAAAAUUCUUAUGGCCCAUUAAUACCAGCUCUAAGCAAAAGAAAUGUUUGUCGGGGGCAGCCAGACCAGGGGUCUGGGGAGUGACUGGGCAUUGUCCCACUAGCUGGGAUACUAGCUGUCCCACUAGCUGGGAUACAUGGUCACCUGGGUCUAACUCACUUUCAGCCAUGGCUGUAUUCCCCCAGGGGUAGACCCAUGGCAAUGUACAGUAUCACAGAUCUCCCUGCUCUGUAGAGUUGUGGUUGAAAACUCAAAAUCAGGGGGCCCUGGCACUGCCCAGACAGCCUAGAGUCUGCUUCCUCAUCCAUUAUGACCUUUGCACUUACUGAUUUUGAGGUAAGUGGGGACAGAUGACUCUUAGACCAAGAUCCAUACAUGAAGGAGGAGGAAGAGGAGGAGGAGGAAGAGAAGGAGGAGAAAGGGGAGGACAAAGAGAAAGAAGAGGAGGAAAAAGAGAAAGGAGGAGGAAGAGAAAGAGAAGGCAUUAUAUAGGAUUGUCACCAAUCCCAGAAGCUCCCCACUUGGAGAACCUGUCCUCUACCCAAAAUGAAUUCUGAAGAGUUUAGCAGUAAAUUAGAUUUCCAAAGAGAUUAGUUAGGGCCGCUGAGUCUUGGGCUAAGGGAUUUCCCCCUUCUCAUGCCUUCCUGACUCCUGGUGGCAAAGGGAGUUGGUUUCAGAGGAACUACAGCAUUUUCCCUCCUUGCUGACAUUAAACCCAGUCACAUCAGGAGGCAGAAGGGAGGGGGGAAAUCAAACUCAAUGCAUCAUCUGCUGAAAAUUAAAAUCCAUUUGGCUACAAGCAGCUGCCAUCUAAACCUGGAAAAGACCCCUUGUAUCCCCGCACCGACCUGCGUCCCUCACUUGGAGGUUGUUUCAGGGUUCCUGAGUGCUCUGCUCAUUUGCUGUGUGAUCCUGGGGAAGUCACUGCCCUCUAUGAACCUCCAUACAAUCGUUCUAGAGGUGCAGAAGGCCAGGACGGAUUAGUGCUGGGGGAAGACCCCACUUCGGUGGGGAUGAAAUUUGUCGAAGAUGAUCCCACUUCACUACUCCUCCUCUCUCUCCCUUCCUGCUCCCCAGGUGAGGGCUUCCCAGAAAAGACCCCUCAUAAAAUCCCCAGGACACUCCACACCAAGGGAGAACCCUCACCAUCCCGAUACCACACCUGGUUCGGAACUAGGCUUUCUGGUUGGAGCACCCAUCCAGGAUUCCCGCCCAGAGACGCCUGCUCUCCCACCCGACUGGUUGCCGGGGGCUCGCAGGCCACUGUUUCCCUGUGGCCCGUCCACUUGGGGCUGGUCAGAACCAUCCAGGCUUAGCCUGCGGCUCUCCCACCCUCGGCUCACCCACCCUAUGUGGUUUAUUGUUUACACUCUGUACAUACGUGUAAAUUUCCUUUACCAACGAUCCGGGGUUUUAAUGUAGAGAUUUUUAUUUUUCAUUUUCUAGCGGUAUUUAUUGGUCAAAGUAUUUCUAUUGUAUGAUGCUCUUUAUGUUCGUUGCUGGCCCUGUUGCCCUUUUCCCCCAACCCCCCUUUCCAAAGUGCAUUUGUUCCUUUCUUUCUUUGUAGGGGGAAGGGUGAGGGUGGCGAGAAGGGGGAACCCAGCCCAAGACUCUACAGCCUCUCUGCUCGCCCGGGCGCUGGACUGUGUGAACAGCUGUACGAAACACGGUGAUUUGCCUUGACCAAGCGAUCCCUUUUCCUUUCUCGUCUGUCCAGUUUCCGCCCAUGUCCAUCCCGGAGGUAAAACUACUCAUUGCCCAGGAGCUGUGAGCUCUGGGUUCCUCCGA